CACUUUAUAACCGGAAAAAGACUAUUUUAAUUUCCCCCUUGAGCGUUUUUCUUCAACAGCUACAUCGCACGGGGCAUAGAGAAGCAAUAAACAACGAUUUUUUUUUUUACACUUUUGCAUCCCCAAUACAUAGAAUAGGUCUGCGGUCAGCACAAACAUGUCGCACACAAUUUUGCUUGUCCAACCAACCAAGAGACCCGAGGGCCGCACAUAUGCUGACUAUGAGUCAGUGAAUGAAUGUAUGGAAGGUGUUUGCAAAAUGUAUGAAGAGCAUCUUAAGAGGAUGAAUCCAAACAGUCCCUCCAUCACUUAUGACAUUAGUCAGUUGUUUGACUUUAUUGAUGACUUGGCAGAUCUGAGCUGUCUUGUGUACAGAGCUGACACUCAAACAUACCAACCAUACAACAAAGACUGGAUCAAGGAGAAGAUAUACGUCCUCCUCCGGCGUCAGGCUCAGCAGGCAGCAAAGUAAAGACAUCAGUGAGGAGUUGUCCUGCUACGCACACUUCGAAGGACUUUACUGUACUUUGGGAAAUGAAGGGGUUUGAAAGCUGUCAAAUAUUGGGCUUUAUAUAGAAAUGGAGUUGUGUUUUUAAUUUGUUACACAAUGAUGAGAGGGGGGCUAAUUGCUGCAAGGACUAACUUAUUGAUGGAGAGGGAUCCAUGCUUGGAGAAAUGCUCCCCAGGCUAGAUCAAAACUUUGUUGUUUUUUUUUGUUUUUUUUUUGUUUUUUUGGGGGGGGUCAUAUUUCUAGUAGUGUGCUUUCAGUUCCCCUAAAAGUAAUGUGAAUUUUUUUAUAUAUAUAUAUAUAUAUAUAUAUAUAUAUAUAUAUACAUUUACUGGGCAGUUGGAUUUGAACAUGCUGUGGAUUUUAAUGCAGGUGAUUUAUUUUUGAAUGAGAUAAAUGUCAGCAGACUGACUCAUUAAUUUAACUGAUCCCAGAAGAUUUAUUUUCCACAUUUCAUCUGCUAUUACAAUUGUUACUAUAGCCUACCAUCAUGAUGUACAAUGCUGUUUUUGUAAACGUUUUGUUUUGUGUAGAAUCUGAUUUCAAUUAUCCUUGUUGCUGUUUCCUUUGAUUUAAACAAAAUAAACUGUUGUUUUCUGA